CGACGAACCACCCACCGGACUCUAAGCCAUGGUGGCCGCCAUGGAGAGACACCGGGUCUCCCAUUAUUCUUCUUCUCCCUCUUCUGUCUCCAACAUCUCUGACUUGAGCUUCUACCUGCCUCGCGACACCAGCAGCGCCCAGCGCAUCCUAGCUUGCCUGCGUCACCGCUCGCGUUUGCAUGUGACAGCAUCACCAGACCUCGCGGACACCAGGAGCGUUCCGCGAUUGAGAAAUAUUCGCCAUUGAGUGCUUUACGAAGCCCCUCAACUCCUCGCCAUCUGUCGCCCUCCAAAAAGCCGCCCGGACUACUUAGGCGCGCCAUCAGGUCUCAUUCCGACACCGCAUCCCCGCACACACUGCGCUCGUCGCAGGACAUCACGCCGCCCGGGCAGAGACAAGAGGAGCGCGCAGGGUUCAAUACCCUCAGCCGCCGACCAGACGCUCGAUCGUGCUCCACCAGAGACGGCGGCGUACGAUAGCCCACGAUGCCCGGCCAGCACAUCCCGGCUCCCAACUCGAGAGAGCUCCUGCCUCCGCUUCUGGCGUGCCUGGCCACCGCAAGCGUCUCCAAGCAACCGCCCCCAGCGCUCCUUCCUCUGCUGUCGCCCAUUCUACGCCAGCGAGUCCAGCUCCUCUCGUCCGACAACUGGCUGCCCUUGCUCUGCUGGGACAGCCAGGCCGCCUCUCGGCUGCCCCAGGUCGUCAACAAGAUACUAGUUGAGCCACAUCCGGUUUCCGGCGAGAUCGAGGUUGAAGAGCCGGACCAGAUCAUCUACCGGCGCUCCGACCCGGAGACUCUGCAUGCCAGGCUGAUACUGGGCGAAUAUGGGCUGGUACCCACGUAUCUGUGGUGCACGGGCGGCGAGAAGGGCGAUCGCUGGGAGCUCGCCGAGCUCAGAGGAAUUCAAGACGCAGAUGAUGGGACAGAAUGGUUUCCCAGCAUGAAUGAGGCAAACGAGGCUGGCUUCCGGCGGAAAUCGACCAAGUCCAGUGAAGCUCCAACCCGGAGCACCGCUUCCUUGCAGCCUGAGGCAGCGCAGCAGAAGGACGAGGAGGAUGAUGACGACGCAUAUUGGGCGGCAUACGACCGGACACCAGGGCGAACCCCGCAGCAGAAGCGAUCUCCUGCACCUGCCACAACUAGCCGGGUGCAGAUUGGGCCUACACAGUCGGAGCUCGAGUAUUUUGCGAGAUACGCAUCAGAGGUUCAGCCUGCGUUGGAUGCCCACGAUCCCGACGAGGAGGGUCCUGGGCCUGGUGAAUCGACGCUCAAUGGCAAUUCAUUGAAUUUCAGCCGCGAAGCACCUGCCGAGACGGUUGGGACAUCCAGCCAGAGGCCCAGUGACUAUGACAAUGGCAUAAGCGGGUUCAAUAGACAUCGGAGAGAUUCGCCCCAGGACGACAAACCGGAACAUAUCGAGUCUAUAGACGAAGAUCGAUACGCCGCAUUGAACCAUCCACGACCGUCGUCAUCCGCGUCCUCGAAUUCUGUCGAAAGACUGGAGCGAGAGGCAGAGAGCCAUAGCCAAGCCGAGCUUGCCAUCAAGCAGCACAUAAGCACCGAUCUCAAGAGCUUAUUCCGCCUGGCGAGAACAGCCGGCAUUGAGCGGGAAGAGUUUGAGAGGAUUAUCAAAAGGGAGUUGGAGGUUCUUCCCUUGUUGGAACAAGAUCAUUAGGUGAUUGUCGAUGACUUGCAUCGGGAAGCUGGAGAUAACUUUUGGGGUAUCAAUGCAUAAGGCAAAGGAACAGUGGCUUAAUAGCAUGGCGCAUUGCAAAAGGCAUACGAGCAUUGGAGCAUUUCAGUCGUUUUGGCAUGAUGGCGGAGUUGCACCGUCACGACGUCUUUGGGAUUCUUCCUGCACUAUGGAAUAUAGCGUCUUCAAUGAACGAUCAUCACCAAUAUGCAAUC